AUGCCACGCAACAUCCACCCCGUCAUUAGCUUCCCACGUGCGCUGUAUCCUAUCUUGCUCUACCCUAGCCCCAGCUGCCCACGGAUCCUUCCGCUCUCAACGUUUGUUCUCCUACUACUUUGCAAGUCUGUGUGCGCCUCCUGGGGGGUGCGCCGUGUGUUCAGCGCAGCGGCGCGUUUAGGUGUUGGGUAG